AUGCUCGGGACUCUGCUGAAUAAAAAGGUAAAAAUAAAGCAGGGUUUGGGUUUGGGUUUGGGUUUGGGUUUGGGUUUGGGUUUGGGUUUGGGUUUGGGUUUGGGUUUGGGUUUGGGUUUGGGUUUGGGUUUGGGUUUGGGUUUGGGUUUGGGUUUGGGUUUGGGUUUGGGUUUGGGUUUGGGUUUGGGUUUGGGUUUGGGUUUGGGUUUGGGUUUGGGUUUGGGUUUGGGUUUGGGUUUGGGUUUGGGUUUGGGUUUGGGUUUGGGUUUGGGUUUGGGUUUGGGUUUGGGUUUGGGUUUGGGUUUGGGUUUGGGUUUGGGUUUGGGUUUGGGUUUGGGUUUGGGUUUGGGUUUGGGUUUGGGUUUGGGUUUGGGUUUGGGUUUGGGUUUGGGUUUGGGUUUGGGUUUGGGUUUGGGUUUGGGUUUGGGUUUGGGUUUGGGUUUGGGUUUGGGUUUGGGUUUGGGUUUGGGUUUGGGUUUGGGUUUGGGUUUGGGUUUGGGUUUGGGUUUGGGUUUGGGUUUGGGUUUGGGUUUGGGUUUGGGUUUGGGUUUGGGUUUGGGUUUGGGUUUGGGUUUGGGUUUGGGUUUGGGUUUGGGUUUGGGUUUGGGUUUGGGUUUGGGUUUGGGUUUGGGUUUGGGUUUGGGUUUGGGUUUGGGUUUGGGUUUGGGUUUGGGUUUGGGUUUGGGUUUGGGUUUGGGUUUGGGUUUGGGUUUGGGUUUGGGUUUGGGUUUGGGUUUGGGUUUGGGUUUGGGUUUGGGUUUGGGUUUGGGUUUGGGUUUGGGUUUGGGUUUGGGUUUGGGUUUGGGUUUGGGUUUGGGUUUGGGUUUGGGUUUGGGUUUGGGUUUGGGUUUGGGUUUGGGUUUGGGUUUGGGUUUGGGUUUGGGUUUGGGUUUGGGUUUGGGUUUGGGUUUGGGUUUGGGUUUGGGUUUGGGUUUGGGUUUGGGUUUGGGUUUGGGUUUGGGUUUGGGUUUGGGUUUGGGUUUGGGUUUGGGUUUGGGUUUGGGUUUGGGUUUGGGUUUGGGUUUGGGUUUGGGUUUGGGUUUGGGUUUGGGUUUGGGUUUGGGUUUGGGUUUGGGUUUGGGUUUGGGUUUGGGUUUGGGUUUGGGUUUGGGUUUGGGUUUGGGUUUGGGUUUGGGUUUGGGUUUGGGUUUGGGUUUGGGUUUGGGUUUGGGUUU